AUGGAGAACUCAACGCAAGUUGAGUUCUUUUAUCUAUGUGGCUUACAAGAGACAUUUAACAACAAAUCAGUCUAUUUUACCUUGUCUCUUAUCACAUACCUUCUCAUCAUCACUGGGAAUCUGACUCUGAUCAUAACAAUCAUUCAGGAGAAAGGCCUCCAUGAGCCCAUGUACAUCUUUCUGUGUAGUCUAUGUGUCAAUGGAUUGUACGGAACCACUGGUUUCUACCCCAAGUUCUUAUUGGACCUUCAGUCAGAUGUUCAGGUGAUAUCUUAUGGUGGAUGUUUGACUCAGGCCUAUGUAAUAUACACAUCUAUCAUGUGUGAAGUUUCAAUUCUAACAGUGAUGUCUUACGACAGGUAUGUGGCAAUAUCCAGACCAUUACUCUACCAUACCAUUGUGACAUCUUUAACUGUUAGAAAGUUACUCUUAUUGUCUUGGUGUUAUCCUUUAUUUAUAGCACUCAUAACAGUUAUUUUAACUGUCAGAGUUCCUUUGUGUGGAUCUCGCAUUGAUAAAAUCUUCUGUGACAAUCCGUCUAUAUUGAAGCAUUCAUGUUCACCCAUAACCAUCAAUCAUAUUUUGAGCUAUUGUAUAAUAGUGCUUCAUGUUUUACAGAUACUUUUCAUUGCCUUUUCUUACUGUCAGAUUGUAAGGACUUGUGUAAAGUCAGCUGAGGGAAGGAUUAAGUUCACACAGACAUGUGUGCCACAUUUAUUGACAAUGGUUAUUUUCAUCACAGUGACCCUAUUUGACAUUUUGCAAGGGUGGAAUAGUGAUGUUAAUAUUACACUAAAUAUGCGUAAUGCAAUGGGUGUACAAUUCCUUGUUAUACCACCUGUCUUAAACCCUGUCAUAUAUGGACUUAAUCUCCAGCAGAUUCGAAGUGCAGUUUUUAAAAUGUCCCACUGCUGUACUCCUUGUUCGCCUAUGAAUGUAUGGCAAAGCACCAGCUCCAUCACCAAGUUUGCUGACGACAACCCUGGAGGAGGACACACCCCGAUCCACAUCGACGGGACUGAAGUGGAAAAAGUCAGCAGCUUCAGGUUCCCCAGCGUCCACAUCACUGAGAACCUCACAUGGACCGACAACACCACCGCCCUGGUCAAGAAGGUGCAACAGCGCCUCUACUUUCUCAGGUGGCUGAAUAAUUUAGGCAUUCCCCCUCGGGUCCUCUACAAAUUCUAUCGCAGCACCAUCGAGAGCGUCCUGACCCUCUGCAUCACGGCCUGUUACGGAAAUUGCUCCGUUUACGACCUCAAAGCCCUUCAGCGGGUACCGGAGCAUCGGGUCCCGGCCUCCAGGCUCAUAGACAGUUUUUACCCGCAAGCCAUCAGACUACUGAACUCUUGA